GCGAUGUGUAAUGCCUAUUUUAAAAUAGGGAAGUAAAUGAUGUUCUACCCCCGUGUUUUUGCUUGGAAAAUUGAAUAUUUUUCAAUUCUUCCCUCCAAACUUUAAAAAACGAAAAAUUUCAUAUGCCUUUGACCCUUUCCUCCAAAAAUAUUCAAAAUUCAAAACCAAACUCCUUUUUUAUAUAAAGCUUGAUAAAAGAUCUUGAAAUCCAUUCAUCAUCACAAAUCAACAAAUCUUAGCUCUUUUUUUUUUUUUUUUAUAAAAAAUUAUAAUCUUUGCUAUGUCUUUUUCUAAUUCAUCAUUGAAAAAUCCAGUUUCUGUGCCUAAUGAUACUGGCGAAAUUCAUGUAAUAUUUGGGCCUAUGUUUGCUGGUAAAACUACUGCUCUUCUUCGUCGGGUUAAUUCUGAAUCCAAUUUGGGCAGGAAUGUGGUUAUGAUCAAGUCAAACAAAGAUACACGGUAUGCAGUAGAUGCAGUGGUGACACAUGAUGGGACAAAAUUCCCAUGUUGGGCAUUGCCUGAUCUAUCAUCUUUCAAACACAGAUUUGGUCUAGAUGCCUAUGAAAAGGUGGAUGUGAUUGGCAUUGAUGAAGCUCAGUUUUUUGAUGACCUUUAUGAUUUCUGCUGCAAUGCUGCUGAUAUUGAUGGGAAGACUGUAAUUGUUGCUGGCCUAGAUGGUGACUACUUAAGGAGGAAGUUUGGCUCUGUACUUGAUAUUAUUCCGAUUGCAGAUACUGUUACAAAGUUGACAGCAAGAUGCGAGUUAUGUGGCAAACGCGCAUUUUUCACCUUGAGAAAAACUGAUGAGAUGCAGAAGGAGCUUAUAGGUGGUGCUAAUAUGUAUAUGCCUGUCUGUCGACAACACUAUGUCAAUGGCAAGUCGAUCGUGGAAUCUGCAAGAAAGGUCCUCGAAUCUCAUCAAGUGCAGGUUGAACUAGUUUCAGAGAAGCCACUAGUUGCUUAGUAACUGUUCUAGUUUUUGUGUGUGUGUAUAUAUAUAUUUUCAUGUGUUCAGUUUGUUUCAAUUAUCUUAUGUUUGGAUUUUUUGGUUUUUGGAUCAUGUACCUCAGUAACAAUAUCCUAUAUUUCACUAUCAAUGUUAGGAGGACAAUAUAUAAUUCUAGACAAAAUCAUAAGCUAUGGCUUUAAUGGAGAUUCUACUAUUCUUCUGAAUA